AUGCCGAACUUUGAGCCUAACGCCGUGAUCCGCGGUUUCCAGCUGACUCUUGUUGGAACCGUCCGGGCAUUGAGCAACCCUGAGCUUUUCAAAUAUGACCACUUCCGGCAGGCAGCUCUCGCCGUGGCUGUAGGAAUCGUUAUCCAAUUAAUCGUCCAAAUCCCGAUUCUGGGGGUCAAAUUCCUUCUUCUAAUCGCUUCUCUCUUCGUUGACUUAGAAAGCGCCACUUGGGACGACACGGUUCUCGAAGGUCUUGACUUUCUCAACAAAUCCGUCCUCCAGGUCCCCUUCCUGCUCAUGACUUUAAUGCGAUACAUCACUCCGACUCUUGAUGACAUAUUCAUGCAGUCUCUCCAAUGGGUGGACUCGACUUACGUGAACAAGCACAAAUCGGACGACCCUAAGACCCUCCGUGCCAUGUACUACCCGAAUCUUGUGAAGUACUCAACCAAGGGCAGUGCCGGAGGGAAGAAGCCCAUCACAGAGUCUAUUCUUGCAUUUGUGGCGCGAUAUGGGCGUAAGGUUGGAAUGCUCUUGGCUAUCUUCAUCCUUUCUUUUCUUCCUCUUGUAGGUCGAUUUGUGAUGCCUGCAGCUUCGUUCUACGCCUUCCAAGACUUAGUGGGAACAACACCUGCUGCUGUGAUCUUUGGUACCGGCCUGGUGCUUCCCAAGACGUUCGUAGUGACGUUCUUGCAUAGUUACUUCGCUUCUCGCAGCUUAAUGCGUGAACUUCUUGAGCCUUAUUUCUGUCGCGUGAAAUUUACCCGGGAGCAGAAACGCCGUUGGUUUGCGGAUAGGGAGGGUGUUCUCUUUGGGUUUGCAUUUGGAUUUACGAUUGUCCUGAAGACCCCCUACAUCGGAGUCCUGAUGUACGGCGUGGCGGAAGCAUCCACUGCCUAUCUUGUUACCAAGAUCACUGACCCUCCUCCUAACCCUGCUGUCAGCGAAGGGUUUGCCGAAAGUCAAGUGACUUGGACGAACAAACAUGAUUUCCUUCAGCUGUCCCUAGACAAUCUGGACAAACUCAACAUUGCCGUUCAUAAUAAGGAGGCCAUGACCAACAAAACUCCCUCUAAUAAUUUCGAUUUAUGA